AUCACACCUGGCGAAAACAUCACGCCGUGACCUUUCACCCUUGAUUGAUGUUGUGAAAGCAUGAUCACAGUGAUUGUCACAGCUUUCUCAUGAUCUCACUGAGUUUGACGAAAAUGCAUGCGUGUAAACUUUGUGGAAGGAUGUUCCGUGUAGUUCUUAGGUCCAACAGAGCUUUGCUGUCACGUUUCAAUGGCGUAUUGGAUUCGACAGGGAGAAACACUUCGGUCAGGUCCUGCAGCAGUACAGCAUAUCCCAGCAGUGACUCUGUGAAUGAGUCAGGCACAAAGCAGAAGAAAACCAGCAUCAACCCUGAGGAGGUGAAGAAGUUUAACGCCCUGGCCAGCAAGUGGUGGGACACCAAGGGUGAACUGAAAGGACUACACUCCAUGAACAGACUGAGAGUCCCCAUGAUCAGAGACACGCUGGUGAAACAUCACAGUAUCAGCAAGAAGAGCCGGCCGCUGGAGGGACUGAGGAUCCUGGACGUGGGAUGUGGGGGAGGGAUUCUGUCUGUGCCCCUGGCUAAGCUUGGUGCGCAGGUGACUGGUCUGGAUGCCUCAGAGGAAGCUGUGAAGGCUGCCACCGCACACAUGGCUCGCGACCCUUCCCUGAAGGACACACUGACCUUCACCCACGGAACAGUGGAGGACUUGGUUGCAUCGGAGGUCAGGGAUUACUACGAUGCCCUGGUGGCCUCAGAGGUCAUAGAACAUGUAGACGCUCUGGACGACUUUGUAGGCUCAAGCUGUGACCUUGUCAAGCCCGGUGGCUCCCUUUUCUUCACCACUAUCAAUCGCACCACCCAGUCGUACUACCUGGCAGUGAUAGCAGCAGAGUACAUUGUGGGCGUGGUACCCAGAGGAACUCACAACUGGAACAAGUUCGUCAAACCAGAGGAGCUGAAAGAUGAGCUGAAAGCAAAUAAUUGUCACCCCCGUCUGAUCCAUGGUAUGUUCUACAACCCCUUCCUGAAUCGCUGGAAUUGGACAGGGUCCACAGAGAUGAACUAUGCCCUCCAUGCCAUCAAGGAGCCAGAACUUUAAGAACAAAAUAUAAUAGAAGAAGAGACUUGGGCAUUGCCAGAGAAAUACUGAUUGAUGAAGGCAAUGUAUGGUACAUUUGUAAGGCUUGACCCUAACGCAGUGCAAGGGCUUGCUAUCACAGGUGGCCAAGGACCACUUGGUGUAACAAAUGACUUGCUUUAACACACCCACCAGCUCUGUACUUCCAACCUUCAUACAGAAGGGAUUGUACUGGAGGUGAAUAUUAGAGGUAAAUGUGAUAAACAGAGCAGAAGGCAGUCUACAUGUGGUAAUACAGUAUUAAGUUAUCCAGAAGUGGUGCAAGUU